AUGCAGGUCACAAGUCGUGUAGUGCUGGUUUGGCCGAUCCUCCACACAUGUGCAACUGCACGGGAAAGCGUUGGAGUUCCGAUGCUUCUCUUGGCGUGGUCAAUCACUGAGGUUGUGCGGUAUUCGUUCUAUGCUUUUACCCUCUUUAACGCAGUGCCAUACUUCCUCACAUGGAUAAGGUAUACAUUCUUCAUCGUCCUGUACCCUCUUGGCGUUACUGGUGAGCUUCUCACCCUCGUCGGCAGUCUUCCUGAGGUUGCCGAGAAGAAGUACUACUCACUGGAGAUGCCCAAUGCGCUCAAUAUGGGUAUCUCCUUCUACUGGGUAUUGAUUGGAGCAGCAUUGUUCUACAUUCCGGGUUUCCCUCAACUCUACUUCUAUAUGUUUGCUCAGCGUAAAAAGGUGCUAUCUACUGAUGCAGCAAAGAAGAGGAUGUAG